AAAGUCCUUCACAAUACCACUAUUGCAGGCCUCCACGUGGUGGCACUCACAAACCAAAACGGCGAGAUGUCCGCUACACACCUUGGCACGUUUUGUGGGCGACAUCCAGAAGAGAAGCUCAGUGCGCAGAAGCUCAGAAUGGACCGUCGGCGCUGUGUGAAUGCAGGUUAUGGCCCGUCUGCGAAUACGCGCUGUGAUUAUCAUACCGAUGUGUCAGAGCCAACGGACAGGCCCAACACCCAUACGAGCCCAUCGCAAUGCUCUUCAUCCUGGGACAAUAACGAUGUCUACAUUACCUCAGAGUCAUGUCAGGCUAACGUUCUACCAGUUCAGUCAUAGGUGGGAGUGAGACAAAUCUGCUAAACGU